AUGUCCAACACAUCCCUAGAUCCUCCUAAUCCCGUCCUCCACCCCCUCGAAGUCUAUAAAAUCAAAUCUCUCCCUCCGAAUGCAUAUUACAUUCCCUCCUUCCUAACCCCCACAGAAUCCACAACCCUCCUCUCUCAAAUCUCCAAACACCCAUGGACAACCCUAACCCACCGUCGUCUACAACCCCAUCCUGCUCCAUUAACCCCGUCCGGACAUUUACUCACCACGAAAUCUCUACCGGAGUUCCUAGUAACUCCUGUUGUUGAUAGAAUUCUUUCUUUAUCCUUUACUUCCUCUUCGAUCUCUUCUUCUUCUACAUCAGAAUCAAACAAUUCUGAUACCAAAAAUAUCGGAACCAAGACCACCGAAGGAAUCUUCACAAAAUCCCCACAUUCCCGUCCAAACCACGUUUUGAUUAACGAAUACCCUCCAGGCACGGGAAUUCCUCCCCAUGAAGACGGAGGAGCUUAUUUCCCCGUCGUGUGCACCGUUAGUCUGGGGGCGCAUAUAAUUCUUCAAGUUACGCCUAAAAAGAAGAUGGUUAUCGAUCAUAAUAAUAACAACAGCUCGAAAGAAGGAGAAGAUGGAGAAAACGGGUCAUCUGAGACUAUUACUGAUGAUAACAAUGAUAAUAAUAAGAACGAUGAUAAUGAUAAUAUUCAAACAACCGUCUACAAAAUCUUUCAAGAGCCGAAUUCUUUACUUAUCACUACGGAUGAUAUUUAUACGGAACAUUUACAUGGGAUUGAGGCUGUGAAGGUUGAUGAGGGGUUAACAGAUCAGAUGGUGGCGAAUUGGGAGUUAUUGAGUGAAGAGACGAGAAGAAGGAUUGUGGAAGGUGGUGGGAAGGUUGAAAGGGAGGAGGUUAGGAUUAGUUUGACGUAUAGAGAUGUACUGAAGGUUAAGGAUGCUGGGAAGUUGUUCGGUGGGAGGGCUUUGGGGAGGAGGUAA